CUAUCACCCUGGAUUAAAUAUUUGACUUUGUUUUGGCGCAAUACUCAUCAUACCGGUACUAUUAUCUUAACCAUGCUUGGAGUCAGAGCUCUCCGUGGCGGAUGCCGAGGACGUGAAGCGGUUCGCAUCUUACCGCAGGUGUUUCAGCGACUUGCACCAAGAUGGGGACGUAAGCUGACUGUGUCCCAGUGCAUGUCGUCUUCUGCUCACCCAGCACCAGGCGUGGCUGAAGCAGAUGUAGCCGAACAGUCGAUCGAAUCGUCUUCCACUGAUCACACCAUCGAGACGAGAGUCGUUAGUCCCAUGCCAAGGCAGCAGUGUCCCGUGUGGUCGCACAAUGAGUGGGAUCCCCUGGAGGAGGUGAUCGUCGGCCGUGUCGAAGGCGCUAUGGUACCGCCCUUCUCCACCGAAGUCAAGGCCAAUACAUACCAGUAUCAUUGGGACUUCUUCCAGAAAAAUGGAGGAAAAUCCUUCCCUGCUAAACAUCUGCAGUUGGCCCAUGAGGAAGUUGAAGAAUUCGUCCGGAUUCUAGAGGCAGAAGGCAUCACAGUUCGUCGCCCAGAAAUCUGCGACUUCUCGAAAGAAUAUGUCACCCCCGAUUUCCGUUCGAGCGGUCUUUAUUCGGCGAUGCCACGCGAUGUGCUCCUCGUCCUCGGAGACGAAAUCAUUGAAUGCCCCAUGGCCUGGCGAUCUCGCUUCUUUGAGUACCGUGCUUUCAGACCCCUGAUCCGAGAGUAUUUCAAACUUGGCGCCCGUUGGACCACCCCACCAAAGCCACUCAUGAAUGAUGAGCUCUACGAUCAGAAUUAUCCAAUGGACACUGUUGAAGACCGCCACCAUUUGGCAGCAGAGGGAAAGUUCAUUACAACGGAGUACGAACCUUGUUUUGAUGCAGCUGAUUUCAUCCGGGCAGGCAAAGAUAUUUUCGUUCAGAGAAGUCAGGUAACCAAUAAGUUUGGCAUUGAAUGGAUGCGACGUCAUCUUGGAGAUCGUUAUCGCCUUCAUGUCCUGUCCUUUGAUGAUCCUAACCCGAUGCAUAUCGAUGCUACCUUCAACAUCAUAGGGCCUGGUUUGGUUCUCUCCAACCCUGAUCGACCGUGUCAUCAGAUUAAUCGCUUCAAGAAAGCUGGCUGGACUAUCGUGAAACCACCACCCCCAGCCAUGCCAGACAGCCACCCACUGUGGAUGUCUUCGAAGUGGUUGUCGAUGAACGUCCUGAUGCUGGAUCCAAAGCGCGUGGUCGUCGACAGCAACGAGAUCCCCACCAUCAAGAUGUUCGAGAAGCUCGGCAUCGAGUGCGUCAAGGUCAACCUCCGCUUCGCCAACUCUCUGGGUGGUGGCUUCCACUGCUGGACCGCCGAUAUUCGACGUCGAGGUACUCUCGAAUCAUACAUUUAAAAAGUAUUAUAAAUUCAGUAUCAAUUAUGAUUGUUUGCAUACAGUGUUGAUAAAGUUAUGUAAAGGUCUCUCUCUUAGGUUUUCAGAGGUCUAUCUCUUCGUCAUUGCAUCGGUUAUAAGUCACUCUCAAUUUGGUUUGAGAAAAACCAUCUCAGCUGCAAUCUUGUGUUUAAGGAGGUUUGUGUGUGACAUUCCGUUUUUUAUCUAUUUUACACAACACAAUGUAUAUUUUGUUUCAUAUUGCAUAUGUCAGUUGGCAAAUUAACAAACCUUUCGCAGUGUUAUUCUUUCUUUUGUUCACAAUGCCUAUCAAUGCAGAUUUUCAUAAAACUCUUCUGUCCAAGGAAACAAAUGUAUCUUUGUUCAGAGUUGAAGGUAAAAACAUAGUGAUGAUUGAUGGAAAUGGUCAUUGAUGUGGUACAAUGAAGUUGGAUUUCCGCUUGAGUUAAAGCCCUAUAUUGUAAAUCGGAAUCACCAGUCAACAAUAUAUAAACAAAUUUCUAACAACUUUCUUCAAAAUUAUAUCAUAUUUUCAUUGUCUCCUUCUUACAUGAAACUCUUUAUCUGAAACCAGACGAAUGUUAUUUUGAUGUUGAAACUUACCUGAAAUAAACUGAAAUUAAUGAUUGAAAUAUCAUUGUUUUCAUCUGAUUUAUGGUGAUUUUUUUUUAUCAUCUGAAAUAAUACGAAGGUUUAUAUUAUGAUAUUAAUGCAGAGAAAUCUUCAUCACUGUUAAAAACGAAUGUCUAAGCACUUUCAUCAACUUUAUAUUAGUUCUUAAUUGUUUUCUCAUUCUAUGAAAUCGUAUAUAAAAAUGACGGAUGUUAUUUUUAGUUAGUACUGAAAUAAACUGUAAUUAUUGAAAUAUGACCUUUCUUCCAUUUGAAAUAUUCUGAUUUUUUUCAUCUGAAAUAACAUGAGGUUUAUAUGUUGAUAUUAGUACAUCUCAAUAGGUAUCUAUAAAGAAAUCUGAAAACACUUUUACGACAAAAUUUUGCAAUUAUACUGUACUGAAAUAAUAUCCUUUAUACCUCGGUCACAUGUGUUCUACGGCGGCCGUACGGCGAGUUGAAAACAGCCGUUUUAACAUUUUUUUGUAAUAGCUAAUAUACGUGAUCUGAAUAAUAAUUGAUAAAACGACUGUUUCCGACUCGCCGUACGGCCGCCGUAGGGCAAAUGUGACCGAGGUAUUAUUCUUACAAAGAAAUCAGGUUCAUCGGACUCAUCAGUGAACAAUGUUAACACGAAUGUCUAAGCACUUUCGUCAACUUUAAAUAAGUUCUUGUUUCCUUAUUCUAUUAAAUUCUUUGAAAGGCGAAUGUUAUUUUCAGAAUACACUGAAAUAAACUGAAAUUAAUAAUUGAUUUUUUUUUUCAUCAGAUUUUCUUUCAUCUGAAAUAUCCUGAAUAUUUAUAUCAUGAUAUUAAUGCCUGUGAAUGCGUAUGCAUAUUCUAAAGAGAGAAGUUAAAACACUUUACAUAAAAAAGGUAUAAUUAUCCUCACAUAUUAAGGCCAAUACUGUGCUCUAAUCUACCACUUUGUCCGUACCAAGAAAACCAAAAGAGGAGUAAAUUUGCCAAAGAGCGAUAUCUUGUAUUACCCUGUAUACUGAUAUAUGCAAGGUAUACCAUCACUACAUUUUGAAAAAAAAAUAAACAUGGGCCGAAAACGAAACCUUGGGGUUUGUCAUAAGACAGUCAGUAGACAUGUCUGACACGUAGCCCUGAUCUGAAGCAGAAUUACCCCCCCCCCCCCCCAUCAAGACUGAACAAGAUCUGUAUUGCUAGAAAAUGAUUUCUGAAUUUCAGUCUGUUCUAGAUCCAAUCCUCUCCGUUAGCAAUUAAUUCGAAAAUUCCACUCUUACCAAUUCGAUUACAUCCUUUUAAUUCGGAAGCAUUUUAAAGUAUGGAAGCUUGUUGAAACAUUUUUCGGAUAAACGGUUAUCUUCAAACAUUUGAAAGUUCUCAAUAGAUUUUAUCACGUCACGAAUUUAUUCCUUUUCAUAUCUUUUUGUAUAUAGGAAUAUAUUUUAGGGACAUAAUUUUAAGGAGAGUUUGGGCAUUAUGGAGUUUUCGAUUCCAUGCGUGCUGUACGUCGAGCAAAAACAUGUGCCAACUUUUACCAUUUCAGUUGACGUUGCGUCACUAUGACAACGUCAUAAUAUGUUAGUGAACAUGUGCAGGGGUUGAUAACGGGUAGAAUCCGUUUUCAUAUAAUGAAAAAAAAAAACAGCGACAGACUCAGUGGCGCAAACAGCGGCGCACGCACAGUGCUUAUGAAAAAUUAUACCGCUGUGACGUCACAGGAUGAAACCGACUGCAACAUAGAAAUCGAAUAUUCCUUAUUAUUCAGAGUAACAUAAUUUCCUAAGUGAUAGUUUCAUAUUGGCUUGUCAUAAGAAACUGAAAAUUAUCACUUUCAGCUUUACCAAAUCUAUAUACUUUCCAUAAUACAUGUGCUGUAAUUUUCUCUUAACUUGUUUUGUUAAAGAUAAACAUAUCAAAUAAUGAUUUUGUUUGUCCCUAGAACCCUUUAAUAUAAAAUGUAGAAUCAAUUAUAAAAAAUCAAUCCUAAUUGUAUAAAUGAUUUCAAACGUAAAUAUCGAUCGUGUAUUUUUUUUAUCGUAUCUUUAUGUCAGGAGGCUAUAAGAUGGCUAUCAUCCCAUACGAGAUAAUUUACAUGAAUUUCAUGUUUCAGUAUAUUAACAGUAAUGUUCUUGCAAACUUGCUAUUGUCAUGUUCCGUCGAAUGCCCCCAAGUCAUUUUUCAUAACUCCUAAAAUUUAUCUUUUCUGUUUAUGAAAAUGCGUAUCCAGGAUUGAUAUGAUUUCAAAAAUAUUCUAAAGUCUGGUUUCGAAGACGAAAUAUAAUUAUCUGAACCGUUUUAUCUUUUCUUCAAUAUCAUUUAAUUUUUAUUACAUAUCAAAUUUUCUUUCUUUUCUGCUUAAUUUGUAUUGAGAUUGCUUAAGACAGUCUAUAUUUUUAAACAAUCCAAUAGGUACUUUGGAAUUUUCAUCAGUGUUUGAUGGUCGUAAAUAUAUUUUACCAAGUCUGAUUUUAUUUGUGCAUUCAUUUGAUAUAUCUGAUUCGUCAAUUGUAGAUUAUGGGGCUGCUGGAUAAUUUCAUUUUGAAAAGCCAUCUUAAUUUUUACAUGAUUUUCAUUGAUACGAAAUUGAUCCUUCUCAGUGGUAUGUCAACCAAUUUUCAUAAGAUGCCAAACCUCACUCUGUAUGUUCAUGUAAGUGUACUGCAUAAUGAAACUGCCAGAGUUUUUCUUUUUAUGCAACAGCCCCCUCCCCUGAUUAGCGUUUUAACAAGAUCUUUCAAAGGGUUCUCUAAAAAUACAGGAGUCCUUAACUUAAUACAUGUUUUUGUUCUCUUUUUUUUUUAAGCAAUAUGUUUUUUUUCUUCCUGUAGGUCAUAUAUGUUUAAUCAUCUGGUUGUGUUAAACUUAUGUCCUAAAGUUCGUUCUAGAACCCAAGGCUACCCGACAAAUAUUAUUAUAUUUUACAAAGUUCAGAUAGGCCUACAUGUAUCUACAACAAUUAAAAAACAUUUUAAUGGAAUUAUGGAAUUCUUACAAGCAUGUCGAAGUGUGAAAGUUGAAGACUUAAUGAUUGGACGUGUUGGACAUUUUGGCUUUACCAAACCAGUUAAUCGGUCGUAUGACUUAUAUCUUGUAUACACAAAUGUUCUGUACAUAUUAUAUUAAUGUAUGUAAACAAGAUGUUUGUAAAAUUUAGCAUGCAUGUGGUUGAGAUUCCGAUAGACAUAGCAUAUCGUUGCUGCAUGGUCAAAACAAAAAUAAUGUCUAUCCCAUCAUGAUUCUUUGUGGAACUGAAUUUGAAUACGAAAAAAAAUCAAACUGCUAAUGUACGGGUUAUGAUGGACUGACAACUCGAUGGGGGAAUUCGUCAGUCUUCAGUUUAUUGCAAUUUACAAUCACCAUAAACUCCAAAACAGGGAUAGAAGAUAUUUUAAAAACUCAUGUUGAAUUUCUGGGACAAUUUGUGCAUUUCAAUAACUAAAUUUGGUAUGUUUUAUCUCCAUUAUGAAGGUUUAUAUAUAUUCAAUGAAUUAAUCCGUGGGGAUAUUUUUGUUAUGCACUAUAUGUAUUUGCUCUAAUUUACAUGUUGAAUGUAAUUCGAAAUAAAUAUGGUGUAGAGGAAAUCUUAA